AUGGUAGACAGAGAUCCAGGAACACCUACCUGGAAGUUCACACAAUGCUUUGGUGAUAAAGGUGAUGUAGAAGAUAUCACAGAAGCGGAUAUCAUUUCGACCGUUGAAUUCGACCACACUGGAAAUUAUCUAGCUACUGGAGAUAAGGGUGGACGAGUGGUCUUGUUCGAGCGGAAUGAGACGAAAAAAACCUGCGAGUAUAAGUUCCAUACUGAAUUUCAGUCGCACGAGCCGGAAUUCGACUACCUCAAAUCCUUAGAGAUCGAAGAGAAGAUCAAUAAGAUAAAAUGGUGUCGCCGACAGAAUUCAUCACACUUCCUCCUUUCGACUAACGACAAGACCAUAAAGCUGUGGAAGGUGUUCGAUAAGUCCUUGAAAGUGGUCGCCGAGAACAACCUAUCAAAUGAGAUGACACCUUCUGUCCCAGUGGGUGGCCUGCCUCGAGCGCCCCGGGGAACUUUCAAAGAUGCAUCCGCGCUGAAGCUCCCUCGCUUGACACACCAUGACACUGUUGUGGCCGCUGUUCCACGAAGAACAUAUGCCAAUGCUCAUGCUUACCAUAUAAACAGUAUCUCUGUGAACAGCGACGGAGAGACCUUCAUCAGCAGUGAUGAUCUUCGUGUCAACUUGUGGAAUCUCAACAUCCAGGACCAGAGCUUCAACAUUGUGGAUAUCAAGCCAGCGAACAUGGAGGAGCUCACAGAGGUUAUUACGGCUGCAGAGUUUCAUCCAGUGAGCUGUAACUGGUUUAUGUAUGCCAGUUCCAAGGGUACCAUCAAGCUUGCCGAUAUGCGCCAGCGCGCGCUUUGCGAUGAGCACUCCAAGCAGUUUGAACAGGAAGAAGAUGCUUCAUCGCGGUCUUUCUUCUCCGAGAUCAUCUCCUCCAUCUCCGACGUUCGAUUCUCACAUGACGGCCGCUACAUUGUGUCCAGGGACUACUUGACUGUGAAGAUUUGGGAUGUGAACAUGGAGCGUCAGCCGGUCAAGACAAUCCCCAUCCAUGAGCACUUGCGGCCGCGUCUCUGCGAUACCUACGAAAACGAUAGCAUCUUCGACAAGUUUGAGGUGGUGUUCUCUGGUGAUGCAGAGAAUGUAAUGACGGGCAGCUAUAACAACAACUUCAUGAUUUACCCCACAGAGGAAGAAAAGGAUACAGAGAUUGUGCUGCAGGCAGACAAGUCGGCAUUCAAGGCGAAGAAGGUCGGCGUGCCUACACCAAUGAACAAGGGCAAUGGAAAGAAGGCUGGUUCUCGAUCUGGAAGCCCUGCAGGACCUGGUAGCCGGAUGAAGAAGGAGACCGAUGCAGACCAGAUCGACUUCAACAAGAAAAUCCUGCAUAUGAGCUGGCAUCCAUUUGAGGAUAGCAUUGCUAUUGCCGCUACAAACAACCUUUUCGUCUUCUCUGCCCUGUGA